ACCUUCAUAAAAACAAAUGUCAUUUUGUACUUAAAAUGCACAUAAUUCAAAAAACCAUAAAGGUAUUAUACUUCCUUUUUCUCUAUGGUAGCUACUAAAUUUAGAAGAGUACUUUUUGAUGUAGUUUGUUUUAUUUGAUGAUGAUGAUGAUGAUGUGGUUGCUUGAUUUAAAGGAAAGAGUGAAAAUAAAUUUGAAAGUAGCAGAGUUAUUCUGGAUGAAAUAGCAGUAUCUUUAUGUAAUUUUUUUUCUUUUCAGCGGUAAAAAUUUCGCCUAAUUAAAAAGUUUAAAAGUUAAGGUCUGGCAAUAACAUGAGGGUUUGGGUGGGAAGAUGAGGACAACAUAUUACGAGAUAAUUGCCACACUUCUGCUUUUUUAUUUUAAAGGCAAAGAAUGAGUUACAUUGUUUUCUUCUUCUUUGUUUAUGUCUCUUAUUCUAGUAAUUAUUUCCAGUUUUUUUUGUUUGAGGAAACUCGAUUUUUUUUUUAAUCAGAAGUAUUUUUUAAUUGAAAAAACUGGAGGUUUUUUCCUUUCUUUUUUAAAAAAACAACAUGAUCAUGCUCCAUGAAACUUAGGACAAAUUUAGUUAAUAUGUAUGUAAUGCUCAUUUUGGUCAUGUUAGCAGUAAACUGUUAGACUUGCUUAUAAGCCAUAUUUUUUGAAGGCACUUUGUGGCUCUGGGAAGCAUGGAUGACACCUUGGACAUGGUAACAUUCAUAAGAAAGGAUUAUACUGGUUUAUUUACUUCAUGUUUACAUCAGUUGGUGUAUAUGAGGUUUUUUUUUUUUUAAAUAAAAGGCAAAUAAUUUAUUGCCAACAGAAUCCACUUUUCUGUAACUUUAUUUUUAGGUUAAUCUAUGAAAAUACUAGAUUUAAACCUUUUUCACCUAUAAUAUCUAUUUGAAUAUUCCAAGUAUUUAGCCUUAAGGCAUUUCCUGUAGUGAGAUUAAACUAAAAGUAUUUUUUUAAAUCAUUUUCAGGUAGCUCUUUUUUGCCUCUUGCUUCUAUGAUCUCUAAUUUUCAGUCGGCUUUUACACCUCCAUACUUUAUGAAUGGAGUAAAGUGAUUUACUUAUAAAAUAACUGAUUAAUAUGUUGACUCUAAAUGAGUCAUUUUUAUAUUAAAUUUAUUGGCAGAUGUGUCCCUGUUAACAGUGAUAUUUUCACCUGUGUUACAAUGCAUAAUAUGUGAUUCAAUUCAUGAGUAUGUUGUAAAAAUAGGCUAUAAAAACACUCCAGUGUAGUUAUAUUAAUUCUUUUAAUAGUCAGUGUUAAAACUCAGUGCCUUUUUAUCAAAUUUUCUUUCCUAAAAUUUUCUUCAAAGGAAUGCAAAUUUUUUGACUUGAGAUGUGUUUAUAGAAAAAUAAAUUUGUGUAAUUUUCUAGUCUCGGGGUCUGAUUACUACCAUUUUCAAGCAAACCACAAUGGUUUGUUUUUUAAAAGUCAUUUGGUGAAUGAAUUAGAAGUGUUAGUAAAUAUAUUUUGUCCAGUUUACUUUUUUUUUAAGUUUUCCUGCUGUACUUACUACAAGUUACUGUACCAUUUUCAAGAUUAAAAUAACAUGAUAUCUAAUAAUCUGUGCAGUGAGUUAAAACUAGGAAUUUUUUUCCAAGAGAUAAGGGACAUGGAUAGUUUUAAGACUAUCAGUUUCCAAAUCCCAGCUUUCAUGUGUGCUUUUCUUAAAAUGAAUUUGCCUUUGGUUCAGGUUUCCUCUCACUUUUCAAAGGAGAGGCAUACUUCUCGUGUGUCACAUUUUACUGUGGUGUACUGCUUCAGGUUGUAAAAACUUAAUAAGUACCAACAAAAGAGAACAUUUUGAAAUAUUGAAGUCAGUGGUAUUGAGGAUGUGAAUCACUAUAUAAUGACUGGGAACAAGUCUCUUGUAUACCACCUUGUUUCCAGUUUUUGAUUUCAAUAAAAUGGAAAGAGGAUCUAAUCAAGUUGUUAGUUAAUAAGACCAUUAAGCAUAAUUUUUGAGGGUAGAUUACUGUGUGACUUUUGCAUGUAAUGAGAUAGAUAUGUAAAGAACUGAGUGACGUUGCUAUAACAAAACCUUUUCUCUUUCCAUCUAUUCAUCUGUUGUCAGCAAGAUUUCUCAAUUCAUACAUCUGUAAAAAUUUAAAAUAGAGAAUUAAACUCCUCAUUCUACUAAUAGAAACUAUUCACUGAUAGAUGAACUAAAUAAAAAUUACUAUUUCAAAGGGAAAAGAAAAUAUUCUAAAGGAGCAGUUUUUGUAUGUUAGCAUGGGACAUCGUGGUGAUUAGCAAAUAAACAUUUUUCCUUUAAUGUUUUAUGAAAAUUUUCAAAUAUGUACAAAAUAAACAGAAUAGUAUAACUAGCCCCCAUGUACCCAUUCCUGGCUUCAAUUUUCAUAAUAUCUGUUCCUCUGCACCCCACUACUGGAUAAUGAUGAUGGUUUUUUUGCAGUUUGUUUUUUUGCUUUUGGGGAGGAAUUUACUCCACUUUAUUUUGUAUGAGUAUGUGUGUUUUUUCUAACAUCUUUAAAAAUAAACUUUAUACUGUAACUUUUUCAAAAUUAAAAUAGCAUAACAUCUAAUAAUUAUUAGAUCCCAUAUAUAUCCCUGGGGUACAUGAAAUCUUUCCAAGACAUGCAAGGGCAAAUAUAUUUUGUUGACAGGUUAAGUAUUUCCAGGGUGGUCUUACUAUUCUAGUAAGAACAAACAUUAUUCGAGUGCUUUUACAUUUAAAUGGGGAAGUUUUGGGGAGAAAUUUUCUUGAGUCAACACAGUCAUUCAGAUAUUUUAUUUUGCUUGUUUAUAUAAUCUGCCUAGGACAUUUCAAUAGCUUGCCCAAAAUGUUAUAGAAUGAUAGACAUUGGUAAAUAUCAGUUGUUUCUUAAAAAUAGCAUAGAAGCAAAACUUAAUUGUACUUUAAUUUAGUAAGCUGCAAAGUAGACCAAAUAUAUGACCACAGUCUAGGGUUGAAACAAGUUUUUUUUUAAAUUAAACAUGACAGCCAAAUAAAGAAAAUUUGUAUUAAUUUUAUAGGGCACAGUUUAGGUCAGAGAAUGAAAGUUCAAUAUCACUUGUUUAUUUUACAUUGAUUAAUUGUAUAACCAGUUAUUAUCAUGUGACAUCCCAAUGCAAAUGCUGACAUCCUUUUCCAAAAGAGUUGUUUUUUUAUGCUUUUUCAAAGGUUAAAAAGGUUUUUGUGGUUUAAAUGUUGUUACAUAUUUUACAGCAUUAGGAUCUAUGGAAUAUUUUGACAACUGCAACAGUUCAAUGAAGUUGCAAGGAGUGAAUAAUGCUGAAAAAUUUGACUAUGUGAUGCAGUUUUUGAAUAAGAUGGCUGGUAAUGAAUAUGUUGGAUUCAGUAAUGCAACGUUUCAGUCCGAAAGAGAAAGUGGAGAUCGAAAUUUUGCAAUAGGAUAUUACUUAAAAGAAAAAAAGUGUUUUCCAGAAGGCACAGACAUGGUUGGUAUAUUAGACUUCUACUUCCAGCUGUGCUCCAUUGAAGUAACUUGUGAAUCAGCUAGUGUCAUGGCUGCGACACUGGCUAAUGGUGGUUUCUGCCCAAUUUCUGGUGAAAGAGUACUGAGCCCUGAGGCAGUUCGAAAUACGUUGAGUUUGAUGCAUUCCUGUGGCAUGUAUGAUUUCUCAGGGCAAUUUGCUUUCCAUGUUGGUCUUCCUGCAAAAUCUGGAGUUGCUGGAGGCAUUCUUUUAGUUGUCCCCAAUGUCAUGGGUAUGAUGUGCUGGUCUCCUCCUCUGGACAAGAUGGGCAACAGUGUUAAAGGAAUUCACUUCUGUCAUGAUCUUGUUUCUCUGUGUAAUUUCCAUAACUACGAUAAUUUGAGACACUUUGCAAAAAAACUUGAUCCUCGAAGAGAAGGUGGUGAUCAAAGGGUAAAGUCAGUGAUAAACCUUUUGUUUGCUGCGUACACUGGAGAUGUGUCUGCACUUCGAAGAUUUGCUUUGUCAGCCAUGGAUAUGGAACAGCGAGACUAUGAUUCUAGAACAGCACUCCACGUAGCUGCCGCAGAGGGUCAUGUUGAAGUUGUUAAAUUUUUGCUGGAAGCCUGCAAAGUAAAUCCUUUCCCGAAAGACAGGUGGAAUAACACUCCCAUGGACGAAGCACUGCACUUCGGGCACCAUGAUGUAUUUAAAAUCCUCCAGGAGUACCAAGUCCAGUACACACCUCAAGGAGACUCCGACAAUGGGAAGGAAAAUCAAACCGUCCAUAAGAAUCUCGAUGGAUUGUUAUAACGGUCUUAAUCCCAAGAUUUAAAUCACUUACCUAUUUAAUUGUGGAAAAUGAUUAUGAAGAACGUGUGUAUUUCUAUCUGGUAGUGAUGUAUAUUUUACAACAUUUGUCAUUUCAGUGUUACUGGAGUUUUCUUCAUUGUAGGCACAGGACAAAUCUGAUCUCUUUGGGAAAAAAUAGAAAUAAAACAAUCUCCCUCCAUAAUGUGAGCAAUAUUUACCUCGUGCAUUGUAUAACUUGAUGUACAAGAAUAGUUACCAAUGCUAGCUUAACUGUGUGAUCUUCAUCACUUAUUUUUGUGCGUUCUGUGAAUUUUCACUUUAUAGUGAUGGUCUGCUGAUAUGCAUUUAUAAAUUAAGCUCUGUUGUGCAGUCAGUCCAAAUGGGUCAAGGCUGUCUUUAGAAGCAAAAUAGUGUGAUUUUCAUGACUUCAAAUAGAGAUUUAGUUUGAGUGUUUGAACAAGUAUAUGCUUGUGUGUUGAAUAUGUCUCCCACACUCUAGCUUCAUGAGGUGACUCUUUAAAAAUUAUAAUAGUUAACAGCUGUCAGUAGAAUAGACCAAUUCUGAUUAGACUUUAUCAGGGAAUCUGUUUAAGAUACAUUUGGUGACCAAAACAUAAGUGUGAAUGUAGUUAUAAUACUUUUGAAAAACUUUCCUUUUUCUAUAUCCCCUUUGUCCAGCCUCUCUUCCCAGACAUUUAGCUAUUUGCCCCUCUCCUUUAGCUGGGAAAGGGGGUGCUGGCAUACUAUGCAGUUUUCAUGUUCUCCACAAGAAGUCAGAAAAUGCCUCAUGUUUCUGGCCUCUGAGCUACAACUAUGCUGUACGUCUACAGAAGAUGAACCAGAGACAAAUUCCUGAGUACAAAGCAGUCGAAUUCAUCAGCCUAAAAAAGGAAGGCAUGUGCUACUGCAGCUCUUUAAGAGGAUAUUUUUCAGCUUCCAGGUUAAAGAUAAAGAUAAAUUCAGAAGUGCUCUAAGCUACCAAAGUUGGGAACUGCUACAAAUAAUCUUUGUUUUUAAAUCUGGCAUUAAAAGUCUGCCUCAAGCUAUUUGUUCUAUUUGGGGGACCACUAAAUCACUCCAGUUUUCUCCCGGUUCUCUAGUGUAUAAUUUUUGGUGGCUUUAUAGUUUAAUAAUAAGAAAAGGCCAUUUCACUUUAAAUCGAGACCCAUCAUUUGUCUUGGGGAGGAACUGCACGUAUACUUUAUCCUAUCAUACCUCCAAGGUAAAGGGGAGUUAAUGAGGACUUCUGAUAUUAAGCGUGCGCGCGCGCACACACACACACAUACACACACACACAAAUGGACUUCUUUGAAGCUGUGUUUAGUGGAAUGAGCAGAAUCCUCCACUACACAAAUGCUAGGUGUUACAUUAAUAUAGCAAAUUCCUUUUUUUCUUUUCUGUAAGCACACACUGCUUCUUCCAAGCCGUAUCAUGCCUGAUGGCCCCUGGCCCACCCUAGCAGCCGCCAAGUGUUCUGAUUUUUGCUUCCAAUCUAAGUCAAUGGCUUCAGCCAGCACCCUCUGCCUCCUCUGGUGGAACCAUGGCCAGUGUUCCUUAACUGAUCUGUACCAGGCACAAAGCCUUUCUCAGGUGUGUCUUUCUGUGGGGAUUAUGGUGGCUUGGCGAGCAGCCCUGCUGCCAUGUCCCUGCCCCGUGGAUCAGUCCAUCAAGUCAUGUAGACAGGUAGUAUUUGCAAAAUGCUGCAGAAGAACAGCAUUAUCCCCAAAGAUAUUAUGGGGUAGACACUCUUUAAUUGAAAUCAGUUGAAAUAACUGAUCAAAUAGCAGCUUGCUUUGUAUGAUUAAAAGGAAACAUUAGGACAGUUCAAUUGUGUGGCUUGAAGAUUACCAAUGAUUUUGAGGCUUUUCUCUAAUAAAAAGAGGUUCUAAGGUUCUAACUAUUAUUUGGGAACAAAGAGAGUUUUCAUCUUUUCUCAGAUCAGAACUAUUUUGGAAAAUCUUUGUGGUUUAGUAAAAUGUGUCCUUAUUUAUCCAUGAGGUUAUUUAUGACUAUACGCCAGUUCCUGCUCUGGCCGUUUGCUGUUAGCUGGUAAUAAUGAGUGCAUUUGGUUUCCAUGCUUUUGACUGUGCUGUUAACUGCUGCCCCCAGUACACUCCAAAGAUCUUAUUGUUUUGGCUUGAGGAUUACAUGUGCUUUUUCUGUAUCAUGCGAGCUCUAUAUGGUCAUGUUAUUUAAAGCUUUGUCUACAUUGUUGUUUCUGCUGGUCUCAGUUCUGUGCUGUCCCCACUGCUGCCCGCACUGCCCUUUAGCUGCGAGCUGGAUCAGCUAUCAACCAUUUGAUGCUCUUGUCUGGCAGGGACUGAAUGACCUGACGUUGGAUUUAGAUUCUUCCUGGGGAUUAUAUGGCUAUGAAUGUAUUUGCUUCCAGAACCUCCCAAAGUGAAUCUAAUCUUAAAAUUAUAAGUUGUAAGUAUUCUGAAAUUGGGAAAUACUUAUUUUAAAUGAAAUCAGGUAGUGUUGCUUUUUACAGUGUAAUAAAUACAUGUAUCAAAAAAAA